UAAUAGAUGAUCUGGACUAACUGAAACACGCAUAUAAAAAAAUAUGGCAACCAAAUAUUGCGAACCGUGCACGUGGUAGGAAUCCUACAGCAUUCAGAUGGUGUUCCGAAUGUGAAGAAGCGCUGUGUUCCGAAUGUACAGAGGCUCAUAGAUUUCAAAAAAUUACUCGAAAUCAUCAUUUGGUAGAGAUAAGUAAAAUACCGGAAAGAAUUAAUAUAUCCUAUAAUUGCCCAAAGCAUCAACAUUUACCUUUCGACUAUUUCUGUGUCGAUCAUGAUGUAAUAUGUUGUAAGGAAUGUCUGUCCCAAAAUCAUCGAGCAUGUAAAAACGUCACAUUCAUUGAACGAGCAUCAAAGAAUUCUAAACAGUCGCAGUCGUUUAUUGAUUCAGAAAAACAGCUGGGCUUUAUUUCAGAAGCUUUGAAAAAUUUGAACAAGAGUUGCAAGGAAAAUGAUAGUCGAAUACACCAACAAGAAACCAACAUUCGGAAACAAAUAGCGACAGUAAAAGAGCAUAUCAUCAAACUUUUGGAAUCUUUAGAGCAAUCGCUUCUAACACAACUAACUGAAAUGAAAAACAAAAACUUAAACAGGUUAAAACGACAGGAGAAAGAUAUAGUUGACUUGAUUACAUCUUCAAAAGCUGAAAAGGAGGCAAUGGAAUUUGUAAAAAAUGACGGUUCUGAUAAACAAACGUUUCUUUCAAUUCAUUUAUCCAAACCAGUUUUAGAUGAAAUUGAAAACAAGGUUAAGCAGCUAAGUGAUUCGUUUGUAGAGACCAGUCUUAUAUUCGUCAAAAGCGUCCUUAAGGAACAAAUAACAGAUCUCGGAUCAAUACAAUUAAAGGAAACCCCCUGUUCUUUUUCAUUUGUCCCGUACAAGCUGUGCCAGUCACAGGUUCCGGUCGUUCCUAAGUGCCAGACCACCACCUUCACUCAUCUAUACGACAUCGACAUGGAAGGGAUAAUCAUGAUAGGAGUAUCUGGUAUCACUAUAUUAGACGAUAAAAGAUUGGUUUUCUGUGAUGUAAUUACAAGCAAAGUACAUGUUUGUGAUGAAAAUGAUGUAUAUCAAUACUCAAUCCGCUCUCCGUAUGCACCAUGGGAUAUAGCAGCAGUACCAGGAACAACAACGGCUGUUAUGUCUUCCAGAAAUGAACCGUACAUACAGUUCAUAGAUUUAAAAAGACGUAGAAUUUUAAAGCAGAUAGAAGUGCAUCAAAGUGGAGGUUAUGGUAUUGCUGCAACAAAAGAUUACAUAUUUGUAGGUACUGAAAAAGAGAUACAGGUCCUAAACAGGAGUGGAAACUUAAAAAGAUCAAUCCGUUUAAAGCACGGACAGGGUCCUAUUGGAAAUAUUUCCAUUGGUCUAAAUGGGAACAUAUAUUAUUCAAACAACGAUGAAGUAUAUUGCUCUACAUUAGAUGGAGAUUUGGUUUUUUCCUAUUCGUCACCUCGCCUUCGUGGACCACGUAAAAUACAUGAUGCUGGAAACGUGUACAUCUUAGGACUUUGUUCACAAAAUAUACAUCAAAUUACAUCUACUGGAAGUUUUGUAGACGUAUUACUGGAAGACAAUAUGUCCGAACCUUUUGGUCUUUGUUUCAGUUAAGACUUUUCUAAGGUUUACAUUGCAAACAGAAGUGGUAAAACAAUGUCAGUGUUCAAGAUAAAUCAGUAACUUUUUUUUUCCUCAAAACCAAUAUUAUUUUGAAUAAAUAGUACACAAUCACAACAAAACCGUGACAGUAAAAAUAAACUUUUAAAUAA